GGCAAACAAGAGGGCUCGAAAGAAUGCCGCUGCUGCAGCUGCUGCCGCCGCCGCUGCUGCAGCCGCAGCUGAGACUACCACUCAUCCUGUUGGGGUUGAUACAUUCUGGACAUCUUGCAACCGCUGCCGGAUGCAGUAUGAGUACCUAAGAAUUUAUCUUAAUCAUAACCUGCUGUGCCCAAAUUGCCAUAAUGCAUUCUUGGCAGUGGAGACUGGGUUCCCAUGCAACGGAAGCAGUUCAUCAUUCUCCUGGUCAACCAAGCAGCAGCCACAGCAGAACCACAAUUCAACCAAGCAUUCAUAUGGCUCAACAAGCAGGACUUCUAGCAUCCCUGGGACAGGGCAUGGGGGGUACCAGCAAGAUAAUGCUUAUGAUUCCUACAACAAUCAAGGCUUCCAGUGGAAUCAGUACUCCAAGACAACACCUGCAGCUGGUACCAAUGCUUAUGGUACACAUGCCUUGGAGAAACAGAGAAAGAAGCAUGAUGAGAGCUACAGCUACAACUAUUCUGAAAGCGGCAACUUAUAUGUCCAUGAGAAAGCUGCUUCAAGGCGUGGUCGCUUCUCAAAGCGGAGAAGGCAUAAUUACGAUACUUACACUACUGUGGAUUUUGGUGGCGAUAACAAAGAAACAGUUGCCGCAAGCACAGAACCAACUGCUGUUUUCACUGAUGUGGGACGGGUCAACGGUACUUCAGCGGAAAGGUUUAGAUCUGCAGUGAGUGGAAGAAGAGCAAAUGUUCUUGGUGAGAUUACCCAGAUUGAUACACGAAGUCUACUUCUUGAGAAAGCCAAGGCAACUGUCCGCAAAAAAUUGCAGGAGUUAAACAUUACAUCAUCUUCACGAUUUGCAGAGAGAAGAGGAUCUGAAGGAAAGCUAAAUCCUUGUGGCAACAACAUAAAGGUCAAUGGUGUCCUCUCUGACAAACCUGGCAAGGGAGUCAAGCUAUGUAGCUCAAGAAGCAUAGAAAUCCAAGUGCCUGAUACUGAUGACAAGAAUCCAGAGCAGCGCCGUGUACCUGUGUCAAUUGACGUCCCAGACCCCGACUUCCAUGAUUUCGAUAAAGAUCGAACAGAGAAGGCAUUUGACAGUGAUCAAGUGUGGGCUACAUAUGACAGCGAAGAUGGCAUGCCUCGCCUAUAUGUAAUGGUUCAGAAAGUUCUUUCGAUGAGGCCUUUCCGGAUCCGCAUGAGCUUUCUCAACUCAAAGUCAAAUAUCGAACUGGCACCUAUAAGCUGGGUUGCCUCCGGUUUCCAGAAGACAUGUGGCGAUUUCAGGGUUGGGAGAUAUCAGGUCAGCGAAACGGUCAACAUAUUUUCACACAGAGUGAGCUGGACUAAAGGUCCCCGAGGCGUCAUCAGGAUUGUUCCCCAGAAAGGGGAUACAUGGGCCUUGUACCGCAACUGGUCUCCUGAUUGGAAUGAGCUUACACCCGAUGAUGUGAUAUACAAGUAUGAGAUAGUAGAAGUCGUUGAUGAUUUCACCGAGGAGCAAGGGCUGACCGUCAUCCCGUUGCUGAAGGUUGCCGGAUUCAAAGCUGUCUUCCACAGACACAUGGAUCCCAAGGAGGUCAGGAGGAUACCGAAGGAAGGGCUGUUCCAGUUCUCACAUCGAGUUCCUUCUCGUCUUCUGACCGGUGAAGAAGGCAACAACGCCCCGAAAGGUUGCCAUGAGCUGGACCCCGCCGCAACUCCAGUGGACCUUCUUAAGGUUAUCACGGAGCUCAAGGAAGAUGCGGUGGGCGCAGACUGCUAAAUAGGAGAAGGGGGCAACUCUGAACACUGAAGAUAGGUAGCUGGAUGUCUGGACGAUCAGAUCCCACUUGGUUAAUGACACGGUGCAAGCACAUGAUGGUAUCUAAAGCUCUACUACGUCAUCUUAUUUUUGGCUGAUGACUUGGACAAUACUGCCAGGGCAAGCAGCCUGCGUGACGGAGUUCUGACCCUUUUAAUUCUUAGGCAUUUCUAACAUUUGAUUUCAUCUCUACACGAACUGAUUAAAUGGCCAUUGGGAGGAGACUGCACACGGCAUCAUCGGUGAGGAGGUUAGUCGACGGGAGGUUGUUUACUUGUUUGUGUUGCCGCUCUGUAAUGUACUGUAGGAGGCAAGUCUGAGUCGAGGGACAAGAGCUGCAAGGCUUGGCUUGCCCGUGUACCCCGCAUUUGUGUACCCUGUUUUUUUACUUGUGAUGUUGUAUUUCCUUCGGUUUUAUAGUAAUUCAUCGCCAUGAUGUUGAACCUGAU